AUGUUCCGAAUCACUCGCCCGCUACGGCAAGCCAUACGGCAAACAACCAACAUUGCUGGUCUUCAUCCCCAUCCCGAUCCUAUACCCGCUCUGGCGUCCACAUACGAAAAGACACUCAAGCUGCUCGAAACCAUUCCACCAUCCUCCGUAUACAGACAAGGGACGGAAGCCCUCACACAACGCAAGUUAGACAUCGUCAAAGCUUCCAACGGAGAUGCUUUUAAAGCCGAGAAAGAUUUAGAUGAGGGCCUCAUUGAGCAAGUAAUUCAGGUUGCGGAGGAUGAGCUGAGCCUCGUCACGAAGAUGAUUGAAUGGAAAGCGUGGGAGCCUUUGGAAGAAAGGGCACCCCCUGGACAAUGGCAGUAUUUUGAACACAACCCAGUUAGCGAUUUUAGCUGACGUUUGCACUGCCUAUUAAUCCCUGCCGUUCCAGGCGAAGGACGUGUAGUUCAGAGCAAGAGUUCUUGAGAAAUGACAAGUAACUCCCUCCUGUCGUCGAAUGUGGCUAAUGAAUACAUCUG